GGCAUUGCGUCUAUCGUGUGUCCAAUCUGAUCAUCUCUUGUCGUCCCAUUCACGGAAUCUCUCUCCAAAUGCCGUCCCACGCCUGGCCUCGUAACUGAUGCCCUGAGUCGCACCCUCCGCUAUCGACUCCAGCGCUCUAGUCCCCGCCGUCGAGCGAGGCUCGCAUUGCGCGACCAUUCCUGUUGGUGUACGGUGAGAUGCCGCAGGACCCCUCCGUCUCUCCACCAAAUCGUCUAGCACGAGGCUGUAUCCUUAUCUCGUCCCUAAUCUUUUAUGCUUGGAGACACCAUGACUUGCAAGAAGCUGCCAUCUUGCCUGUCUCCUGCAAUAAAACCCUGUGCACCUCUUUUCCUACCACCAGUGAGCACGUCUUGACUUCAUACAUCAAUAUUUUCACUUCCUCGUUUCUGCCUCUCUGCGCGUCCACUCAGUGCGCCUAUCGUUCAACAUGCAUGCACUCAAAGUGGAGUCAUGGUGUUGGUACGCUGUUGUGGUGAUUUUUGUCCUUGCCCGACUGGUGUCUCGAACAAUGCUAUUGGGUUCUGUUAAACGACUUCAAUUCGACGACUAUCUCAUGGGGUUUGCACUGUGUACUUUCACAGCGCUAGUAGUCUGCCUGAACAUCUCUGCCGAUUGCGUCAGCAACCUAAUCGAUCCCUCUCUGGUCCCCGCUCUGUCUAAACAAGAAAUUCGAGACCGGCAAUAUGGCAGCAAAAUGGGCCUCGUGGUCGAGCAACUGCAGUGCGGUACUUUAUGGAUUGUCAAAGCCUGCUUGUUGUUCAUGUACGGCCGGCUGACCAUGAGCUUGAAGCAAAACGUAGCUGUCAAAUGGGUUGCUGGAUAUACCGCCUUUGCAUUCGUUCUCUUGGAAAUCCUUUACUAUGGUGUCUGGUGCAGACCCUUCCGAGGCUACUGGAUGGUGCCCGCGCCGAGCAUCCAAUGUUCCGCCGUUAUCAACCAUCUCAUUACACAGGCUGUCUUGAACAUCUCGUCUGAUCUACUCAUUAUUAUGAUUCCCAUGCCACUGCUUAUCCAGGCCCAAUUGCCACUCAAAAGGAAGGUCAUCCUGUUCGGCAUCUUCGGUCUUGGCUUCUUCGAAAUUAUUUGCGCUAUUCUCACCAAAGUUUACAGCUUCACAGAGCCAUUCGGCGUGAAUUGGGGUUUUUGGUACAUCCGCGAGUCCUCAACCGCCCUCAUCGUCUCCAACGCACCGUUUACCUGGACACUCCUACAACGAAUGAUCCCCCGGCUCAAGUCCUUUGCUGGACGCUCCACCGGUGAGAAAUACAGUGUCUCCCGCCCAGGCGUCAGCGGCAAUAUCAGCGGCCGCAACCGGAAUACAUACCUCCAACAAAAAGACCAUCCCUCCACCGAAGCAACCAGCCGUCUCGAUCGAGACAUCAAACGCAGCGAGAGUACGGAACGCAUCCAUGGCGGUGGUGAUGUCCCGCUUGAGAUCUGGCACUGGACUGAGAUGAUUGUGUCUGAUAAUAAACCGGCUAGUGGAGAGAAGGGCCGGAUCGUUACAGUCGCGCCAGCUGGAAGGCUGCCGCAAAGAAAGAGGAGCGAUGAUCUCAGCAGCUCAGACGAUAAGAGCAUCGACAUGAGGAUUUUCACUACGAUCGCCGGCCGGCGGUAG